CAGGAGAAGUGUUCCAGAUUUCAACUUAACUAGCUUCAGACUGAUCAAUCAGCUUGAAUCAUAUCAAUUCAAUGAUUAAGUCAAGAAAUUGUUUCACCCCGAAUAUAUUGCCUACUUUGAGCAAACAAUAACUUUGCCAGGAACAGCUGCUUCUGCCAUGUUUUAAUAAAAAUAAGGUGUUAGAAGAAUAAAUGACAAAAUUGUUCUUUUUUUUUGUCUCGUUUUUGGCCCUAACACUUUACAGGCCUACCUUCUUUUUCAGAAUUUUGCUUCCAGUUGUUGCCCCUCUGAGCUUGUUUUGUGCAUCCAUGAAAACCUUUUCUGCCACCUGCUGAUGACACAACGCAGCCAAGUUGAUUAUUUCCAAAUUUUAUCUGGAAAAAAGUCUGGUCUAAGGUUUGCUUCCAUUUCUUUUCUUUUUUUUGAGGGGGAAAUUUUACAGCUACAAAAAAUUUUGAACUAUUCAGUUUAGAAAAUUCCAACAAAAAUAGAGCCUCUCAACAGAAAAGUCUCAAGACACAAAUAUAAUGGAGCAUCAUUUUACGCAUAAGUUACAAAAUCGUGUUGUCAUUCAAACAGUUCCUCAAACAAAUAAAGUGUGUUUUAAAUAAACAUAAAACGUGUAUUUUCACGACAAAUAACCAAGGCUUUAAUGAAACCCAACCCAUUUGUGGAGGAGAAAUACAUAUUUGCAAUAUUUGAGGAUCAGAAACCUGCUGGAAACCAAAUCCCCGAGUUCCUGUCACUUCACUUCAGAAAAAGCCUGCGCGUUAUUAGAUGUGGGAGAGAGGCGGAUUCUCUCUGGAAAACUGUACCCAUUAUCACAAUCUCGGAGACAGUUACGCAGCCCCUCGGAAAAAAAGAAAAUUUGAAAAAAGAGAAGGAGGAAAAAAAAGGACCUGUUGCUCCACCUCCGCUCCAGCUGCUGAUUGGCGUUACGCAGGUAUCUGCUCGUUAUUUAACGCCGCAGAGCGCAGCGUGCACUUUAAUGUAGCCAGGAUUUUGACGCAUCUGAAGGAUCUCCUCUGCACCAGGACGCACGCAGCUGACUCCUUCACUACAUUAGAAAACAGGAAAAAUGCGAACAGGUUUGCUUCUGGUGACUUUGUUCAUCUUUGUGAAACUUCGCUUCAGCCAGUCGAGGUGCGAGGAAACCGCCUCGCGCAGGUCAACACUGGGGCAGCCCAUAAGCUUGGAAGAAUUCAAGCGGAACCUUCUGAGGAGGUACACUGACCUGGACUAUGACAGCUUUGUAGGACUGAUGGGCAAAAGAAACGCAGAAGAGGCUGUUCAGUCACAACCAAAAAGAGACAUGGAUGAUAUAUUUGUGGGUCUUAUGGGAAGAAGAAGUUCAGAGCCUGAGAAUGGCCCCUGGAGGAGAGAAUAUCCCGACAGGAGAGGCAUCUUAUUCAACAAGUCCAGGCUGAGGUUACUUCAAGGACUGUAGACUUUCCCACACUGUUUAUUGGCUGAUGCUGACAGAAGAUGCGGCAGAGGAACAUAAAAACCAGUCUGACGGAAACAACUCCAUUCACGUACCAGCUGGCUGACGGAAGUAACCAUAAAAUCAAGCAGAUUGUAAUGAAUUCAUCAAAAAGAAUAAUCACAACUGAUCGUUUUAAUUUCUUUAUUAUGUAUCUUUUUGUUAAAGGUUCAAAAUAAAUGUAAUUUUUUUAUACAUAUUCUAUCGAUUUAAAUAUUGCAUUUUCCUGUAGCUGUCUGAGUGAUUCUUCUCUGCUCGACUCACACCGCUAUGAGCUACGUCAAAAUAAAGGGGGUGACAUUUGAGAUGCGUUUGAUUUUAGUGUCAAAUGAUCCCAAGCAACAUUUCCUUUUAUUUCAAGGUGACAUAAACAAACAUUUUUAAGGCAGAGUUGUUAGUUUUUUUAGGUAAUAAAGAAUGCAUAAUUUUGG